AUGUCUUAUGCUAAUGAAAUCGUCUACGCUCACGGAGAGGGCCCAACUCCACCUGCUCGCAUGGCCAGCAAUCCAAAAGUGCCACCAGCAAAGAAAGUCUCUCGGGCGAAAUUGUGGGAUGAAAGCGUCGAGGACAACUUUAGAUUCCAAGCUGCUCAGUAUAGAGACGAAAUAGAAUACAAGGCUGUUCAUCCUAACGGAGAAGUCUGCCGAUGGCCCUCUGGCAUGAUCAAAAAGCUUCUCCGAAAGGACGGAACAUGGAACUACUUCAACAAGGAGCGCGAGUGUUACAAGAACCUCCAUUUGGUGAAGAUGUACGAAUACUAA